AUGGCAGGCACUAAUUAUCUUGAAUGGGGUAUGGAUGUUGAAGAAUGGGAAGAUGAUGACUCGGAGCUGCCUCCGCCUCACUUACUUGUGGAAGAAGUUAGGGAUCAUAAGUGUGGCUUUCCCGUCACCUACAUUAGUUUUCCAUGUCACCCUCUAGAAGAUGGUUGCCAUGGUGAUGAUGAUAAUGAUAGUGAUCAAAUCGCCAAGCAUUGUCAUCCAAAACCAGAGGAGACACUGGCUAAGAGGAAGACAAAACUCAUGAGUACCAUAAGAUUGAUGGUGAAAGCCAUUAUAAGGUUGUUGAUGAUCGCAGGAUUGGAAGCAUCCAUACAAGCAUUGGCAAUGGCACGGUUGGAUUAUCAUAUAUGCAGUAUUUAUGUGAAAAGAUGGGAGCAUGAGGACUUCGAGCAGUCUCCAUUGCAUUUACUCUUUGAAGGAGAAAAUUAG